UUAUUAUCGAUGUUAGAUUAUUAACGAUAAUGAACACCUGAAUAGUUUCGAAGUUUUUGCGUGAUGUAUGAGUUAGCACAACCAAAUCGGAUGCCGCCGGCGCAGAAUGUUGGUUUGCGUUCUCGUCAUGUCACGCUUCUAGAAGGAUGUGACAUCAAAAGUGACAGCAAAGUGAACAGUUUGACAGAAAGUGAUAUAAGUGAUAAAAGUGAUGACUUUGACAUAAGCUUUUAUGAAAGCAUUGAAUUCAAACCACAGAUAAGAUGGCCAGAUUUAUUAGUUCAAAUAUCUUUGCAUUCAGUUGCAAUUUAUGGCUUGUGUCUGAUAUUAAUGAAUCAAGUAAAAUUUUAUACGCUAUUAUUUGUUCUUGCCACAAUAUAUACUUCGGGCUUUGGAAUCACUGCUGGAGUUCAUCGACUAUGGUCACAUAGAGCAUAUAAAGCGAAAUUACCAUUGCGAUGCUUGCUCGCUCUACUUUUCACCAUUACAGGCCAAAGGGAUAUCUAUACUUGGGCACUCGAUCAUCGAGUUCAUCACAAGUAUACGGAGACAGUUGCUGAUCCCCACGAUGUUCGUCGCGGGUUUUGGUUCGCCCACGUUGGCUGGCUUGUACUAACCCCCCACCCCGCUGUCGAGAACCGACGAAUUGCUCUGAACAAAACCUCACAAGAUCUGAUAGACGAUCCUGUUGUUAGAUUCCAAAAAUUGUUCUUCAUUCCACUAUUCUUAAUACUUAACAUCAUAUUACCGCUGGGUAUUCCUAUAUACUACUGGGACGAGGACUGGAUGACGAGUUUCUCAGUCAGCUUUGUACUAAGAUUUACCAUCACACUUAAUAUUGCGUACUGUGUGAACAGCUUCGCACAUAUAUGGGGAAAUAAACCAUAUGACAAAUAUAUUAAAUCUGUGGAGAACCAGCUCGUGAGCCUCGCGGCUUUGGGUGAGGGUUGGCAUAACUAUCACCACGUCUUCCCAUGGGACUACAGGACUUCAGAACUCGGCAAAAUUAAUAUAUCUACAUCUUUCAUUGACUUCUUUGCUAGAAUUGGAUGGGCGUAUGACUUAAAAGCAGCAACAAUGUCAAUGAUAGAAACAGAGCUGAGCGAAGCGGUGAUGGCACAUUUCACCACCAAGAAGAACCUUAUCCACAAACAUAACUUUCAUUCCUACGAGAUCAAAGUAUACUUUAUAUUAAAUAUUUUAUAUUAUUUAUACAAAUAAAAAUUAUUUAAUGUUG